UGGUCGGAGCAUCAUGGAUCGCUGAUGCCCUUUUCCAGUAUUUCCCGUUAUUGUCACGUUCCGUGCACAAAGGACGGCACGUUCUUCCACUCCUCUUUUCGGGGAAGCCCCUGCUCCAGACUCCGACCUCGAUCCUUCCCAAAGACAAAGUCUCUCCGGAGAUCAGGUUCCACAAUCAGGAGAAUGGGUUUAUGGACAUUAUUGGAGGGAUGUCUGCUUCUUGCUAAUGCAUUGGCAAUAUUAAAUGAGGACCGCUUCCUGGCACCUCGUGGAUGGAGCUUCUCAGAAUUCAGGGGCAAGACAAAGUCAUUUAAGGGGCAGCUUAUUGGUCUUAUCUAUGCAACCCAGUACUUAAGAGUUCCUCUCAUACUGCUAAAUUUCAUCUGCAUUGUUGUGAAGUUGGUAUCAGGAUGAUACCACACAAGUUAAUGAGUGGUUGUGGAUAUCAUAAAGCUUCAAGACUGAUGGGACUCUGCAAAAGAAAGUUCUGUUUUAGGAAGGCUGAAGAAUUUAACUGCUGCUUUUUCUUCUUCUUCUUCUUUUACUGUCGGUAUGAUCCUGUUAUGCGAUUUUCUGAUAAGUCUGUUAUAUGAUUAGCCAUUGUAAGGUUGCAUUUUUGCUUUGAUGAGAUAUCUCGGUGGGGAAAUGAGGAUAUUCUGAAUCUGUUUUUUAUAAAAAUGGUUGAAUGUUGCCGUUCUUGGAAUUAUGAUUCAAACAUAUAGGUACUUGACUGUACGCUGUUUGUCAGCAUGUAACUCUGAAUGGAGCAGCACAACUCAUGUCCUCUCCCUACAACUCAUGAACAACUUCCUGAUUAUAUGCAGUAUUUAUUUAUU